AUGGAGCAUGCAGACAGGGCACUCGGCACGGAUUUGUCAACCUGGUCUGAGCGCGGCUGGUGCCGCAUGGAACGCAUGGCACGGGAACUCUCCUCCGGCAACAGCAACAUGAUCUCCAUCGAGAGCCCGUCGCUUCAGACGUAUGAGCCGGCAUGGCAGGCUGCCUUCUUCCCACCGGGCGAGGGGCGGUUCUCUUCUCAAGGAGAUCGAGUCAAGGUCGCAGCCAUUUUAAAGCAGCUCUUUGCUGCCAAGCUGUUCGAUUGCCUUGCGAAGGAGGACCUAUCUUCGUACCGCUUCUGGCUGAACCAGCAAAGGAUGCGCUUCAGCGGCUUCGACAUUCCCGACAGCGAGGUCGCCGCCGUGUUGAAGCGGCUGAUUGCUGCCAAGCUUGUCCAGUGCCAGGAGCAGGAAGACUCGGUUGCCUACCGCUUCUGGUUGAACCAGCAGCAGAUGCGCUUCGACACAAAGGGCAUCGAGGAGAAGUUCGGGGAAGACGAGAAGGAAGCUGCUGUUCUGGCCAGGUUUCUGAACGAGAACAGCUUCACACAUGCGACCGAACGUGAUGCGGCUGGUUGGUCCCCACUAUGCUAUGCCGCAAUGAAUGGUGAUCCUCUGUUGGUGUCGGCGCUCCUUUCGGCCUGUGCUGAUGCCAACGAUCGGAUCACGAAGGGCCGGCCGGAGUGUCAAAUUCAGAAGGGCAUGCCAGCGCUGCAGCUCAGCGCCUACUGUCGGAACUGCGAUGUCAUGAAGCUGCUUCUUUCGGCCCGCGCCGCAGUCAACGACACCGACUGCCGUGGUGCGACGGCCUUGCACUGGGCCAUGAUCUCCAACACGGUCCAGGGCGUCCGCAUUCUCUGCGAAGCAGGAUCCUUUGUUGCUUUUGCUUUCCGGGUGCUGACGCCGAACUGGCCGCUCGCUGAUGUUGGAUCAGCCUCCCCGCCGCGGCCCCCCUGGCGUGCACUGCGCUUGGCUCGGCAGACGCACUUCAAGAGCUGCUGGCGCAAAGGGAGCGAGGUGCCGCUGGUGCAGAAAGCCGUGAUCACGAAGCUGGUGAUUGUGGUGAUGCUCGCGAUCUUAGCAAUCAUUCUGAUAGAGCCUAAUGGAAAGAAGUGA